CUGUGAGCUCCUGUCUCUGCCUACCCAGCCGCUCUCUCUCUCUCUCUCUCUAACUCACAGUCUCUCUCACUGAGUCCCACACUCUCCAGCCACAAUGAAAACCUCCAGGCAAAGCACAUACUCUGUGCGCUCCUCCACCAGCAGCAAGACUCCCUCCAUGUCAUUCCAGCGCGCCUCCGGCCCUGUCUACGGGGCCCCAACCAUCCACGGCGGGGCCGGUGGGUCCCGCAUCAGCAUCUCCUCCACCAGCCGCAGCAGGCUGGGAGCCGGUAUGGGGGCGGCAGGCUCCGGGGCGGGGGGCUUCUCCGGCAGCGUGCAGGUGAGCGGGAACAGCGCUGACAUCAUGGGCAACGAGAAGUUCGCCAUGCAGAACCUGAACGACCGGCUGGCCAACUACCUGGAGACGGUGAGGACCCUGGAGCAUGCCAACCACCAGCUGGAGAUCAAGAUCAAGAAGGCCCUGGAGAAGAGUGGGCCCGACUUCAGGGACUACAGCAAGUACCAGGCCGUCCUGGACGACCUGAGGAAGAAGGUGUUUGACGCCACCACCGACAACGCCCGCCUGGUUCUCAACAUCGACAACGCUCGCCUGGCGGCCGAUGACUUCAGGGUGAAAUAUGAGUCCGAGCUGGCCAUCCGCCAGUCCGUGGAGGCCGACAUCGUCGGUCUGAGGAAGCUCAUCGACGACACCAACAUGAGCCGCAUGAACCUGGAGAGCGAGAUCGAAACCCUGAAGGAGGAGCUCAUCCACCUCAAGAAGAACCACGAAAAUGAAGUCAUGGAGAUGCGCAACCAGAUCUCUCAGUCUGGAGUCCAUGUGGACGUCGACGCCGCUAAAGGACAGGACCUGUCUGAGAUCAUGAAGGAAAUAAGAGCCAAGUACGAGAAGAUGGCUCUGCAGAACCAGGAAGAACUCAAAGCAUGGCACGAAUCUCAGAUAACGGAAGUGCAGACCCAGGUCAGCCACAACACAGAGGCCCUGAAGGGGGCCCAGACAGAGGUGAACGACCUGCGCAGACAGGUGCAAACCAUGGAGAUCGAGUUUGAGUCACAGAGGAACAUGAAAGCCUCUCUGGAGGGCACGCUGAGGGACACAGAGAUGCGCUACAACAUGGAGAUCGAGGCCCUCAACUCCAUCCUCCUGGGCCUGGAGGCCGAGCUCACGCAGCUGCGCAACAACAUCCAGCAGCAGACGCAGGAGUACGAGAGCCUGCUCAACCUGAAAAUGAAGCUGGAGGCUGAGAUUGCCACGUACAGACGGCUGCUGGACGGGGAAGACUUCUCGCUCCAGGAUGCUCUGGAGAACCAGAAGACAGUGAAGACCAAAGUGAUGACCGUCACACAGACCGUGGUGCACGGCAAGGUGGUGUCCUCCAGCACAGAAACCAAGAACCUUUGAAUCCCGGAAGCAACCGCCUGACACUCCCAUCAAUCACCGUCACCGCAUCCUAAAGCUCACAUAUGAUGGGCCAAAAUUGAUCUCCUUUCUUCUUAGUCUCAGAGCACUAAGCGCUGACGCUGCAAUUUGUUUGACUUCAUGGGUGUACACAGGCCGAUGAAAUAAAACUGGAUAAGAGGAAAACUGAAUCAUCUUUUAUUUAUUUCAUCAUGAUUUAUUUAUGAGUUUGUCUUCACCCGCAGAUGCUUAACAAAAGUUUAAAAUUGGAGAGAUUUGAGCUUUUUUUUUAUUCUCCCAGAGCGACACUAAUUGAAGUGAGUGAAUAUUUCAAAGUAAUAAAAUCCAAAUAAAUGCCAAACAUGCUUUACACGUCAUCAUCUUCGGUUUUCUUUCUGUCCAGUUAAAUCUGCCUGUUACACUGUGAUGUUCCCACAUAUCAAUAAAGUCCAUUUGAGAAAUUUAUCUUGGUGUGAACAUGGUGUUGUUGUUUGAAACUAAAAAUGAGUUGUGACAUGUCUUUAACACGAAUAAAUCUAAUCUAUCAAGACAGGGGAUAGUGGCAGGAGUGAUUACAGCAUUUACUCCCAAUAGCAACAUGUGAAUUCUUGAGAAGAAUAAAGUGUGUGAAACACUGAACUCUUGGCUGGUGUCUAAACUACAAAUAAAUGGCAAACAAAUGGAAAA